GGCCACGAAAGGACAGAUGUUCCGCUCGGUUCCACGUCAUCACCUAUCUCCGUUUGCAUAUCCAUCACGCAAAAUGAAUAAAAAAUUAAAACAAAGGAAAACAGAAAAGCUGCGGAAGUUGUCAAGAACUCCGACGAUCCCACAUAUCCGUCAAUCGAUCGACUCCCGUUCCCCUCGGAAUCGAAAUGGCCCCGAGAAUUCCAACGCACAAGAAGGGGAACAAGGGAACCAGGCAUCGCGAAGAGAGCCCGGGGUGAUGAAUUGUUACGGUUCAUGGACGGAGCAAGCAAGGAGCCUCUCCGCAAGGACUACUACAAAGUUCUGGAGGUUGACUAUGACGCAUCUGAUGACACCAUCAAAUUGAGUUAUAGAAGAUUAGCUUUGAUGUGGCAUCCGGACAAGCAUAAGGGCAAUAGCAAUGCCACAACUAAAUUUCAGGAGAUUAAUGAAGCAUACAAAGUUUUGAGUGACCCAGCUAAGCGACUAGAAUACGAUGUUUCCGGUUGCUACGAGAUCGACCAAUAUACUUUGCGUGAGUACCUUACAAAAUUUAAGGGUAUGAUACUUACCUGUAAUGGCCUUGGCAUAGACCAUUCUUCUAAGUGGGCCCGACAUUUGAGGGAACUGAAACCCCAUUGAUCAACGGGUAUGGAUUUACUACUCUAUGUAAGACACAAUGUGCUGUAUCACAAUUCACAAACAAUGGCCCCCUACUCCCCUUAGCCACUUUCUGCCAAAAAGAUGCAUGUAUGUUUACUAAUUCCAGAUGGAGGAUGGUCUGGGCUCCAUUCUCAAUGUUUAGUGAGUUGUGCUGGAAAUUAGGUCGGGUCGGGCUAGCUCGGCCCAACCCAAGCGCAUCAUGGUUCGAGCCAAGAAAGACUACAAACUUUUGGGUCGUGUCAUACCAGCCCAAAGGGUAGAAACAGUGGCUCAGCUCGAUCCUAAACCACGUUAUGUUUUCGUUGGGCCGUGACGAUCAGUCCGACCCAUUACCCAUAUAUUUGAACAAUAUAAAAUCUAAAUAUUACAACUAAAUAAAGUCCAUAGCUUACUAAAUUAAAGAUAUUAAACAAUACUAACAUCAUUUAACCACAUAAAGUGCAAAUAUUACAACAAUGUAAAGUAUAUAGCUUACUAAAUUAAAAAAUUAAACAAUUACUAGUUAGAUGCCCGUGCGUUGCAACGGCAAUACAAAAUAUUUUUACACAAUAAUUACAUAAAAAUGAACACCACAUAUAUAAUCGAACCCAAUAUCUCAAAAAAAAAUUGGCAACAAUCAAUACAGAAAUAAACUGAUACAAAUUAAAUUAUACAAUACAAAUAUCACAAAACAAAGUUUUAGAAGCAUGUUAUUUAAGAAUCUCACAAAUUACAUGUCCGUUGUCGUCUCGCCACCGAAGUACAGCACACCUCAAUGAGAACUUAUUCUAUAAGAUAAGUGAUAAUCUAGUUAAUUUAGCUAAGCUGGACAUAAUCGUUUAAGUCGUUACUCCCUCCCGACCGUGGCGCCCACUCGAUGCUCGUCGAUAAGUCGCUCCGCCAACUCAUUCUACGCCUUGAACAACCUCAAAGUGGGCCUGCGUUCACUUGCUCUCAACGUCGGGUAGGAUAGAAAUGAAAUCCAAUAAGGGACUAAAAUAAACAAACAAAACAUGACACAAAAAUUGACUGUUUCUUGGAUUGCAGAUAAACUACGCCUCUGCUCAUGACAAUGAAACACUAUUUGAUAUUAUUAGUGUAAAGGUAUGGAACUUAUCAGGAUAUCUAGGAAAUUUACUGCAAUUUAUGUAUUUUGGUAUCAAUUAUCAAUCUGCCAAUCAAUCAUUUUCUUUUGCUUUCUUCAAUAAACAUUUAUUGGCAAGACAGAUUAGCAUGAAUGUUUUGUUACACUUUUUUUUACUGCUUGCAGUAUUUUCUACCUUUUGAAAUUAUGCUUUAUAGUUAUAAACUAAACAUGUAUUUAUGUAACAAUUUAGUUUUCCAGAAACAGUUUUCCAAUCUAUUUCAGAACAUGAUCUGGUACUUUGUGAAGUUUUUUGUUUGUUUGCUUGUGCAGACUCUGAUGAACCUCUCAAUUGACGAGCGAUGCAGGAAAAAUAAUUUGUCCACAAGCAUGAUUGCAUUAUCCCAGGUUUGAACUUAGAAGAUGGCCCUGCACACUCUGCCUCGACGUCAUCUUCACCAGAGCAGACUACUGAUGUUGAUGGAAGUACCACCGGUGAUGUCACCUUCUAAGUAUAACUUGGGUAACCUUAUUACCUCUUCUCUUACUCCAAAUGCUGGUUCGGUGUUAUCCAUGUUCUCAUCAUUAACCUCUUAAAGUUCUGAAAAGACAAGGAUGAAUGCACACUGCACUUCCUACUGCACUUCUUUUGAACCUAUCAUGCAAUGUCCUUCUGCUUGGGUGUGAGCUUCAAAAACACACUGAAAUCUACUAAGCUAGUAGUUCAUCUAAAAGAAAAGGUGUGUGCUCUGUUCUUUCUAUCCAGCAUAAUUGGCUUCUAAUUAGAGAUAAACUCCAAUACUAAGAACCUUCUGAGGAAGAAAAACAAGGCAUUGAAUGGUUACAGUUAUGUUCUGUGUAAUAAUGGUUGUGUGGGAACCAGCAUCCACCUUCCCUCUGAAUGCAGUUUUGGCUAAUCAUGCUGGAACACAAUUCCCAUCCAAUGUGAUCUGAGUCUGCCACCUCUAGACAUGAUGAUUGAAGCCAGGACAAACUUCGGUGAUUUAAUUUAAAGAGAAAUAAAUAUUAAAGGUGGUUUGAUUAUUUGGACUACUCUCAAUUAAUAGCAUUAUCUUUAACAAUGCUACCUGUAACUUCAAUAUUUGGAAAAGACGAAACAGGAGCUUAGCUUGGUGCGUCGAAGCGAAUCAGAGUAGAAGAGAUCCCCUCACCCUUUGGAGAGACACUACUCUUGUAUCUUCCUCUGUUAUAAUUUUGUACAUAUGUAACUUUCUUCAUUUUUAUAGAUAUACAAUAAAUAAA